AUGUGUUGUGAGCAUGAGGACAUUGAAAGAGCUUUUCUCAACUUCCAUAAAGACCUUUGGACCACCCCUACUGAUCCUUUAGUGGAUAUCUUUGAUGCGCUCCCCACUGAUCUCCCUCGCAUAUCAGACUCAGAUGCCGUGAACCUUAUUCGGGAAGCCACCAAGGAAGAAGUAUAUCUUACCAUUCUUGACCUUCCCACAGGCUCCAACCUCUCCCCCAAAGACCAAACCCUCCUUCUCCGCUCCCAGCGCGACUGGCGCCGCGCCCUCCGCCUCUUCCACCACUUCAAAUCCGACCCCCACUACUCCCCCAACCCCAUUCACUACAACGUCCUCCUCCGCUCCCUCGGCCGCGCCCGCCGCUGGGAUGAGCUCCGCCUUUGUUGGCUCGACAUGGCCCGUGACUCCCUUCUCCCCACCAACACCACCUACGCUACCCUCAUCGACAUCUACUCCAAGGCCGGUUUGCCCUCCCUUGCCCUCGCCUGGCUCAAGCACAUGCGCUCCAGAGGCCUCUUCCCUGAUGAAGUCACCAUCAACACUUCCGUCCGCGUGUUGAAGGAUUCUCGCCAGUUUGCCGCUGCUGAGAUGCUUUUCAGUCAAUGGUGCUCUGGUAAGAUUGAUUUGGAUAGUUUAGGGCUUGAUUUUGGGGAGUUAGGAUUGAGCUCCAUUUCUCCCAAGCAGUUCUUGCUCACUGAGCUGUUCAAGACUGGUGGCCGUGUUCCAGUUUCAUCGAUGAUUGGGUCGGAAGAAGAAGGUGGUGGUUGUCAGAAGCCACGGCGUGCUGCUACAUAUAAUACUCUUAUUGAUUUGUAUGGCAAGGCUGGGAAGCUGGACAAGGCUUCUGAGGUUUUUGCCGAGAUGUUGACAAAUGGUGUUGCACCGGAUGUGAUCACUUUCAAUACUAUGAUCGGUGUUUGUGGGACGAAUGGCCGGUUAGGUGAAGCUGAAGCUUUGCUCGGUGAAAUGGAACAGAGAGGAGUUCGCCCAGAUGCAAAGACGUUCAAUGUGUUCAUGUCGGUGUAUGCGGCAACCGGGAAUGUAGAAAAGGUGUUGAAGUAUUAUAGGAAGAUUAGUUUGGCCGGUCUUCGACCGGAUGUUGUGACACAUAGGAUAAUUUUGCAGGUUUUGUGUGAGAGGAGGAUGGUUAAUGAUGCAGAGAAUGUGAUUGAUGAAAUGCUUGAUUCGGGUUUUCAAGUUGAUGAGCAAUCACUGCCAGUAGUUAUGAAGAUGUACAUUGAUGAGGGGCUCCUUGAUGAGGCAAACAUGUUUUUUGAAAAGCAUUGCUCUGGUAGAGAGAUUUCAUCCAAGAACUAUGCUGCUAUUAUGGAUGCAUAUGCGGAGAAGGGUUUGUGGAAAGAAGCCGAGGUUGUCUUUUUUAGAAAGAGGGAUGCAGAGCACAAGAAGGAGGUGGUGGAGUACAAUGUGAUGGUGAAGGCAUAUGGGAAGGCAAAAGCUUAUGAUAAGGCUCUUUCUUUGUUUGAGAGCAUGAGAAGCUAUGGCACUUGGCCUGAUGAGUGCACUUUUAAUUCAAUCAUUCAAAUGCUUUCUAGUGGUGAUCAGCCGGAGAAAGCGAGGGAGCUCUUGGACAGGAUGAAAGUUGCGGGGUUUAAACCUAGAUGUGAGACAGUGUCAGCUCUUAUUGCAUCUUAUAUCCAUGCAGGAUUAAUAUCUGAGGGAGUUAAGCUCUACCAAGACAUGAAGAACUUGGAUGUUCAGCCAAAUGAAGUUGUGUAUGGUUUGCUUAUAGAUGCAUUUGCUGAAUCUGGGGAUACUGAAGAAGCCCUUCACUAUUUUCACUUGAUGGAAGAAUCUGGAUUUACUGCAAAUCAGAUUGUCCUUACUUCUCUCAUAAAGGCUUAUUCUAAGAAUGGAAGCUGGGAAAGAGCUCAAGAGCUGUAUGGGAAGAUGAAGACUUUGGAAGGUGGUCCAGAUAUAAUUGCUUCAAAUUGUAUGAUCAAUCAUUUUGCUGGGCUAGGGAUGGUAAGAGAAGCUAAAAAUCAUGUAAAAACCUUUGUUUCUGCUGAGGUAGGUCUUGAUUUGUCGGCGUAUAAUGUUGCGAUUCAGGCUUAUGGAGCUGCAAAUGAGGUUGAGAAAGCCUUUAAUCUGUUCAUGAGAAUGCAAGAUGAAGGACUGAAGCCAGACCUCAUCACUUAUAUUAAUUUAGCAUGCUGCUAUGGGAAAGCAGGGAUGAUUGAAGGACUAAAGCGCAUCUAUGGAUUGUUAAAAUAUGGGGAGAUUGAGCCAAAUGAAUCUCUAUUUCGAGCUUUGAUAAAUGCUUAUAAUGACACUGGAAAACAUGAUCUUGCUGAAAUAGUUGAGCAGGAAAUGAGAAUUAGUCCUCAUGAUGAGAACAGUAGUGGGUGUGAAACUGAAGAUGAAGUAUGAGCCUGCAUUGAUAUGACGAGUUUAUCUUCAGUAUAAACUUAAAUAUGGCCUCUGUGAAAUAGAUGCCUUAUGACACUUUGGCAUUUUUAACAAGGUGCAGGUACCACUGAAUACUGUUGAUUACAUGUGCCAGUCAGGUCUUAAUUUACCAAUUGAAACUCUUCACCCAAUUUUAUGUGCAACUGACCAGGGUGGUGAACUUAAUAUGGCAAGAGUCAACAAAAGCUUUGAAUUCAAAAUCUAGAGGACAAUUUUGAAUUUGAAGACUUCAAGUCAAACAACAUUCUUUGUGUAGUCAUGUGCU